AUGUUCCAAUCCUCCAAACCAUAUUCGGCAGUGACCGUACAAAUCGAAGUCCUUACGAGCGAACAAUAUGAGGUGGAAGACUCCAGCGGUAUUGUCGAUCUGGUGGAAGUAGUUCGCAUCCAGGCCAGUGGCCCGAUGGAAGCAAGUCGGGCUCUUCGCAAGAAGCUAAAAUAUGGAAACAUCCAUCGACAACUUCGCGCGCUUACUAUUCUCGACUUCCUGGUUCAAAAUGCAGGAGAGCGCUUCCUCCGCGAUUUCGCCGACGAGGCAUUGCUCGAACGUCUGCGAAUCGCAGCUACUGAUUCCGUUUCAGAUCCACUCGUGAAACAGAAAUGCAAACAGAUUUUUGGACAAUGGGCGACAACUUAUAAGGAUACCCCUGGUAUGGCGAAGGUCACAGCACUAUACAAACAAGUUCCCAAGCGAAAGCAGCCUGCGACGCAGGCAAAAGCCAAGGUUCUCCGCGAGGGAUCGGCUGCACAUGCAAACGAGCCCCCGAUGGGUCAUGUUGUAUCUGUGUCAGGAGGCAGUGGACCAGCCACUUUGCUGACCAGCCCCAAACAGAAGCCCAAGAAAGUCAAGAAGGAUAAGAAACUAUCAAUUAGCAGCAAGAGGUUUGAUUUGGAAAAGGAGCGCCCGGAGAUCUUGCAGGCACUUGCUGCCUCCUCCGUUGCUAGCACCAACCUGUUAAAUGCCCUUAAACUUGUCAAUCGCGAGACGCACCGAGUGAGUGAGGAUGCGGAAUGUAUCCACCGAUUCGAGACAUGCAAGCAGCUUCGUCAUGGGAUUCUUCGAUAUAUUCAGUACAUAGAAACCGAAGAGUUCCUGGGUGGCUUGAUCCAUGCAAACGAUGAGCUGGUAGAUGCAUUGAUGGCAUUCGAGGUGCUAGACAAGAGCGUGGAUUAUGACAGUGAUAGUGAGGACGAGAUUUUGGAUGGCAAUUGGAAGCAAAGACAUGGACUUGGACUUGACGACGACCUGCAUGACGGCCUUGCGGGGCUUAAUAUCAAUCCUCCAAAGCCGCCACGGCCAAAUCGUCCUGAUAGUCUGCCUCUUGCAUCUUCGUCGCAACACUCACGCCAAAUCUUUGAGAGCGAGAGUGAGUCGGAAGAAGAGGAUGAUGAAGAUAAUCCUUUUGGAGACAAGAAUGCUAUUAAGACCCCGGGCAUUGAGAAGACCGAACAUACCUGGAAAGAGGUUUGA